AAGUCUACAACUGAUUAAAGAAUAGAAUUUUAUUUUUUCAUCAACUUUAGUAUAUUCAAUUUUUGCCUUUUUUAUAGUUUCUAUAAAAACAAUUGAUAUUUUUUGGACGUAAAGUUAGGAAAUUUGAAAUGGCCCACGGGGCUCCUUACAAAACUAUAACCGAUCCCGAAUUAAUUCGGAAAAAAAAUGAAUUACGAAAGGCUAUCUCUCUAGAAUAUAUAAAACAUACAUCGAAUCCAUACCGAAACAUAAAAAUGGAAGGUGGAACCCUGUUUGAUGUCGGUAUUCAAAGAUAUAUGUCUCUGAAAGCAACGCAACAUGAAUUUUUCAGGCCUACACCCAAGACUUCACUUUUAGGUGUACUAAUGAUAGUAAUACCAUAUUUUAGUCUGACUUAUUUCAUAAAGAAAGAACGUGACCGUCGAGAAAAUUUAAUUCGUACUGGAGAAGUAUCUUACAAGGACAGAGGAUUCAAAUUCGCCUAACAAGAUUUACAUUUAUAUGAACAUUUUUAGUGUUAUUUUGGUCACAUUACCAUUGUUGUAUAGAUUUAUUAAAAUAGAAAUGCCUGUAAUAAAUAAUUAACACAAAAAUUGGAUUUCAACUUCUAUUAUAUAUUCUUUUUUAAUGUCUGUUAUGAUAAUAAUGUUAGAAAUAGUUCUUCAAAUUGAGUUCAAUAAAAUAAUAUAUAGAAAAAUAA